AUGAGUUCAAUGCGUAGCGAUACCAUAUGUGAUAUAUUAGGUCCAUAUGAUGAACUUAACGAACGGCAGCUACCAACCAUAGGGGAUGUCAUUAAAUUUAUUUUAUUUGUUAAGAAUGACCAGAAACUAAAAUUUAAUGGCAAGGAUCCAUCCAAUUUAAACAUUUAUUCAGUUGUAUCUAAAAAAAUUCAAAAUAUCUGGAUAAAAGCUUCCAUUCCAAUCGUAUCUAAUGAUCGAGUUUUACAACUCUUAAAAUUUUAUUUUGAAAAAUAUCUCACUUUGAAAAGAUAUCCCAAGAGCAAAAGACAUGAUAGUUUUGAAAAAAAACUGAAAUGUUUUUCAGAUUUAUCAAAGAGGCUUUUUGAUGUGGCUUCAUGUAAAUGUGUCUUAUUUGAAGCAUGUGUAUGUUUGAAAAAUAAAAAAGUUCCUGUUAACGAAAGACAAUUUUUGAUCGAUCAAAGAAAUGAGAGAAAAAUGGCUAUAGGUGGCAUCGAUAAACAGGAAACGGUCAGAUUGAGGAAACGACAGGCAAGACAAUUUGAACGUUCAGUGAAAGGAGUCAAAAAGUUUUGCUCAACACAAGGUUCUAAUAUUGUUUCAACAGCUUUGGAUGAAGACGAGACGCAUAUCAAUUUUUCCAAAACCAACCUGGCAACAGAAACACUUCUGACAAACCUGUCAUUUACAAAUACACCAACAACAACAUUCGCUAAUCGAAAUUUACUGCAGUUACCAACAUUGGCAAAAGUUUGUGAUAGAUAUCGAUUGUCUAUACGAUCUGCUGCUGCUGUUGCUUCUGCCGUUUUAGUUGACGUAGGUCUGGUUUCAGAUGAAGACUCAACUCUAGUAAUAGACAAAAAUAAAGUACACAGAGCUGUAUCAAAGGCCAGAAAAAAUAUAUUUCAAAAUAUUAGCGAAGUUUCACUAAACAGCAUUUAUUUUGAUGGUCGAAAAGACAAAACAGACUAUAUUCGGGAACUAGCAUGUCGAAGAAUAAUAAAAGCUAGAAAUACUGACAAUGGUUUCAAACAGAGAAUAUUUAAAACACCGAAGCUUAACUUCUCUGCUAAAGAUUAUACUGAAAUUAUUUCGUGGCAGGAGUGUCAAAUUACACUACCACCUGUGCUUCGGGAUGUUACUAAUGACGAACUCAAAAAGAUGGCAAAAGAUGGAAACCUUAAAAUUGUUGAUUUUCCUUGCCACACACAAUCAGUAGAGAGAUGUGUUAAACUGGUAACAGAAGCAUCACAGAGUGUGACUAAUGUUAAUUCGAGAGAUGUCUACACGUUCGUUAUGAAACCUGUAAUGCGAUUCAAGUACUUUCUUACUAUGAAGAGAAUUUUUUUACGAUCAAACCCAGGCAUGGCAGCACAAAACCAGAAUAGUCUUGAGAAUCGCCAUGAACUUCGUAAGCGAUGGAGAAGGAGGAAGAGACUUCUAGAGAAAAGGGCCAGAAAAAGCAAACGCAAAUUUAGCGAGAGUGCUCAAGACGAGUUAAGAAGAAGUGAGAACAAGAAGACGAUGGUAAACUGGGUCGUUUAG